CUCAAAGUUUGGAACCGGAGAAGAAUCUCGUCUUGUCGAAUUUGAAAUAAUCAGUGAAAUUAAUUAGCCAUGUCUGAUCAUCAGAUGUUUGACGUUGACUGUUUCUUGAAGCACCUGACAACAGACCACAUUGGACGAAAUGUCGUCUACAAGCAAACCACUGAGACUACAAUGGAUGACGCCCUGCAGCUUGCAAAGUCAGGUGCAUUGCAUGGAACACUGGUAUUGGCUGAAGAUCAGACAAAUGCCAGAGGGUACAAGGAUCGUGGAUUUAAUGCCACAAAUAUAGAAAAUAUAUAUGCUUCUUUGGUUCUUCACAGGCCACUUGAAGACAAGAGUAACAAGGGUCACAGUGGAGAAUUCAAUCCAGAAAUUGCAACAACUUUGGCAGCACGAGGAGCCAUUGCCGAAAUGGGAGUUCAUUCCAUUCAAAUCAAAUGGCCAAAUGACCUUUGGGCCAGAGGUCACAAAAUGGGUGGUUUUCUUGUUGAGCCUUCUGACUAUGUGAUUCCAGAUGUGGUCUCUGGUCCUCGACUUGGACUGUUUAUUCUUGGGAUUGGUCUAAAUGUCAAUUACGACAUCCGACGUGAUCAAAAUCUUUCAGCGAUAGCCACAAGUGUUGCAUGUGAACUGGGUGGUGCUACGGUCAGUCGUGAGAUGCUGCUAGCCAGAUUAUGUAACCAGUUAGAGAUUAAUCUUCAGAAGUCACAGAAAGAACUUUAUGACGAGUUUCUUCAGUAUUCCUUAUUUAAACCUGGCGAUCCUAUUUUAAUACACGACAAACAUGGAAAAAUCUUUGAUGCAGAAAUAAUUGAAAUUCAAGAGACUUGGAGAAUGCUGGUCAAGUAUUCCGAUGGAAGCCAACAUGAAUUGAUGUCAUCUGGAGUAUCGCUGCGACCCAAGGUGUGGCAGACUGUUUUGGUGCUGGUUCGAGGAGAUGUGUUGGAGAACUCGUGUAACACAGUGUACAGUUUGUUGAAUUCGCUCGUCGACAAGGUCACCACGGCCGUGGAGUACGUAAAGAUCAGAGAGCUCAACAGUGCCAUCUUGCAGAAAGAUGUUCAAGUUAUCGUUGUCGACAGGGAUGUUCAUUCGGAUGAUGUUGACUGGGUGAAGACUGUAGCAGAAACAGUCCGCACUUUUGUGAAGAAUGGUGGGGGAAUCCUCUGUAUUGACAAGACAACAGAGUUUGCUACAACAUGGUUUCCGGAACUCAAUCUGAGAGUGAAUCCAGUGAAGUCAAAUACUACUGAUUGUUUAAACCUGGUUCUACAGACAGACACAACAUCAGAUAAUGUCAUUCGUGGUUUUGCCAACAAUGGACACAGCAAAUGCUUUGACCUUUUGUCAGGGGAAUGUGUGAUUGCAUGUUACGCUCAUGACAACACCCCUGCUAUCAUUUCUAGAGAAUAUGAAAAGGGAGUCAUUUGUCUUUGUGGAAUCCACAUUGAAUUUUUGCAUACCUCAUGGACAAAUCUGCUGGAUAAAGAGUUAUUCAAGAGGGAUCUCUUGUUACAGCAUAUGUUACAGAAAUGUGGCUUGAACAUAAUAUUAUAGACUGAAAAGAGAGUUUAUUGGAUAUUUUGCAUUCUUUUUACGUGGUUUGAGAUUAUCAGAUAUCUAUACAAGUAGAAUUCAUUGUGUAUAUAUACUCGUGGAAAAAAGUUCCUGUGCACCAAAUAAUUGUAUAUGGAAUAUAAUUUACUUGAAAUCUGAUCAUAAAAAAUUCAGUAAAUAAAGGUGUAACCACUUUCUUCCAUAUCCCAGCAGUGCCCAGUCAAUUGCACGAGCUAUUCAUGCUUUGUGAUCAUAAGUUGCAUUACUAGCAUUCUUGGUCACGUGCUCCUCUUUGAAGUAAUUUUUCUUAUCAUUGGACUCUAAAAUGUAUGGAUUCUCAUCACUCAGAAAAAUACUUUUGUUGGCAUCUGAUCGAUGUCAGUGUGAUGUCACGCCUCCAAGAAAAUUAACUUCAUCGAAAGAUGGGCAUGAUUGCAGUUAGAAUGGCACAAACGUCGUUGCUAGUCAUUUUGGUGUUCAUCAGAAAACUAUGCAGUGUCUGCGGAGAUGUUCUCGACAGUUUAGGAAUACUAGGGAUCUUCCAUGUUUAGUGAGUCGACACGUGACGUCACGUUAACCAGUCAUCAAUAUCAAGUGGGUACACAUGUGGAAUCAUUUGGAAAUGACAAAUUUAACAUCCCAAUACAUCCCUGUGUUAAGGCCAGUCAGUGGGAGAACUUUACGCAACCGAUUAGAUGAUCACAAAGUAUGACCAUGACAUGACAUCAAUAUGUUGUUCUGUUAUAUCGUCACCGACGGCGCACCAAGCAUUGUGUAGACCGUAUUUCAGGUUCAGAAGACAGGAUGGGAUCACUGUACUUUUGACAAAUAAAUAGUACAUCUAUGUAAAACACAAUAUUUAAAAUUUUUAUAAAUAUACGUCUCACUGAAAUUUUAAUGAUGCACAGGAACUUUUUUCUGCGAGUAUA